CGCCCAUGUUCAAACCCAUGGAUAUUUGAACGAAUCCUGAUCCAUAUCAAUGCCAGUGAAGAAGUGUCAAAUCGGUUUGGCGCCUAUGUUCCUCCCAGUGGCGUCGGAGCUAAUGGAGCCGACUUGUUUUCUCCUCAUAUCCUCCAGAGGCUUGACACGCCCACCUCGCAUUCUCAGGCUCGUCUCAGGUGGCGAAAUGUGGAAUCCAAAAAAGCCAUUCUCCGACUAUCGUUCAUCCAGAUUGGUUAUCGUUCAGCAUAUCACGUACUAAUGCAUCCCUACCAAUAACGGACCACAGCGCUGGCACCCCUAGAUCCGAGUGAUAGUUGGUCAAUUGGACAUUAUGGCUGUUUAAAUCUACGCCAACUUCAUUUGUCAUUCUUCCCCGUCAGUUGCAAAUCCUUGCAGCGCUGCAAGGAUUAGUGUCAGAUCGAUCAGGCCCGGGCACAAACCUAAAUAAUUUUCGAUUCAAUCCCAUAUUUGCUUAUAAGUACCGAAAGGGACGACGAAUUCAGACUGGGACUGCUUGUGGAGUUUCGUGCUCAAGAAAUAUGUGAACUAUUGAUCAUUAAUUUUGUGGUACAGAGUACAGAUUCACCAUUACAUUCACCACCACGGUCUGUUUUCCGACACAUCGUGUACUCAUGAGGUGCUCUCAAUGUAGAGUGUUAUAGUCUCUGUGGUACCGCGAGCGACGCUCCUUCGAUCCUUUUCAAUCUAGUUAAAAAACUCUUUGAUCAUACCUUCCUUCAACUUAGAUCGAAGGAUCAAGAUCAAUUUGAACCUGCUUUCCUCGAGCGAAGCACUGCUUUCGCGCAGAUACAGACGCUCGAUAACGGCUGGAAUGGACCCUUCUGAACUCUCGAUUGUUACAGUCCAGCUCUCCGCAUCAGAAGGAAAGUAUCCAUCUCGAACUAGAUCAGCACAGACGACCAAUAUCAGAUUCGCCGAUUCCCUCCCCGUUAGACGCCCUGACAAGCCACGCACACGGUUGGAGAACCCAUACGCUCCUCCUAAAUCUCAGUACAAUCCGCAUCCUCACGUCCAAUCUAUGAUUAUCAGGAAAUCAAGGAGUUUCACCCCACCAUCAAUUCCUACGGACUUAUCGUCUCGAAGUAUUACACCGUCUCCGUCAGGAUCUCCAAAGCCACUACCUCACUAUCCUCAAGAGCCGUCCAAAAACAGACAAAACGAGAUGAACAACUUCAAGAAACCCUCUUCCCCGCCCCUAGUUGCAAGCGAUGCCAGCAGUAAUGCCAGCGCAACCAGCAUCAAUAGCAGUAGCAACAGCAGUACUAGCACACAGGUUACCGAGCCCACAAUCAAAACCGAAAACCAAUGCGUGAACCCUAUCGUAAAACCAAUCGCACCUGAGUCGCCCUCCAAAGACAAAAACAUACCAGGCCCCUCAAAGCAGCUGCGGAUGAAGAAAAACCUCAUCCCUCCGCUCACCAAAGUCCACUUCUCCUGCUACCAAUCACACCGGUACUUAGCGCCUUCAAACAACGUCGUCUACCCCGUUCCGUGCAUGACAUGUCUAAAUGACGACCAAUUGAUCCGUUGGCGAUGUACGUUCUGCUGUCUGCGGAUCUGCGGGGAUUGCUUGCAGACGAUAGAGAAGUGCAAGCGCCGCUCGCUCAAGGAACUUAUGGAAUCCCUAGUGGCGGCGCUGGAGAGUGCCGAGAGUUCAUGAAGAAAUUCGACAGUUUUCUAUUGGUUUAGUACCCUUUUUUUUGCGUUUUCGCUUUUUCUUUCUUUGGCCUUUUCUUGUUCUGGUUUUGGCUUCUACUUUUCUAUUUGCCUGCCCGCUUACGAGUGAGUGAUUGCUACUCAAUUAAUUGGCUGAAGGUGGAAAGAAACCGAGUAAGAGAGCACCUUGUAAGCGGGAAAAUGGCAAGGCAGUUUUUGGCUGGAGAAGGGUCAAAAAUACCCUCGAUGAGGGCAUUCGUGACAGUAGCAGCUAAGCUUUCUAUUCCUCUUCAACGAACUCCAUUCUGUUUAUUUCAUUUAUUUUUUCCUCUUUGUCAGGAAAUGUUUGUUGGCGUUUGGCGAUCCGGUUGACCCUGUUAGAAAAAAGCAUGGCGCGAGUAUGCAUAAUUGUGUGCAUCGAUUUGCCGUUGUCAAGGUUUUGAUACUCAUUGCCUUUUUUUGUUUACUUUUAUUCUCUUUAUCCGUGGAAUUUUAGUUCCUUAAUGUCCCUCACAUUUUCAUGCCCCCACGUCCAGCACAAAUGCAUUCCCACCUUACGCCCCUGCCAUUCUUUGCUACCCUUUGUUUGGUCAGUAUUAAUAUGGACUCUUGCAUAUUCUUCCUUAAACUAGAUGGAUAGUCGCUGCUCCCAGAGGCAUUCGAGCCUGCGAUAAUAAAAGUCAAUAGCUUAAUACCUUGCAU